AGCAAUGUUGUCAGCAGCUCUUGGGAGUGGGAAGAGCUUGACCUGAGUGGGAGGCAGCUUGCCAUACACCAGAAACAGUAAGGGAAGCUGUACCUUCCUCAGUCACAACUAAUCUUCACCUAACUGAGAUAGCCCUGGAGACAGGCAUUGAAACAGGAUGGCAUUUGAAACUUUUCUUGUACCAAGGUCAGGCAUAAUCCUGCACGUCUGUCAGUGAUGUGAGAGCCCCUGGUGUUUGCUGGCUUCUUUUGAACAAGCAGGAGUUUAACCUGGGCUGUGCAAGUCUACAUUCAGCUGUAGUUUGAAUGCAAACGCAGAGUUCCUGUAUGCUAUUUAUUGACACAUCUUGAAGCUCUGGUACUAUACUGAAUAUGGGAGCUGGGAGAGACAACAUGAGUGUAGAUGCUCUCCGCACAAACAUCUGCCACAAGAGAGACCAGUAGCUUCCAAGCCCUUUACUGCUGCCAGAUAUAUGUAACUUAUCUUGUUGGAGCAAACUGGCUCUUCUGGCAUGAGUGUGUUGAACAUAGGUGGAGUUCUUAGAAAAAGGUCCUAGUCAGUAGGUGGAGCUCAGGUCCAUGAAGGCUCACUUGGUAAAUAACGCAGUUUUAGAUGCUCAGGAAGGUGAGAAACAUUGAGUGAAGCCAGAAGUGUGGUCCUGGUGCCAGUGUGAAGGAUAACAGCAGUAGCCGCAAUCAAAGCAGAAUGUUUCAAAAAUACAGGGAGCUCAAAUUCCUUUAGGUGCUGUCACAGCCUGAGCAGCUCUUCUUACCAACCCCUCAGUUAAAGAAGUGCAAAGCUGUCUUCAGAGUUCACCACAGCAAUGGUGAAAAUGUGUUCUGAGUAAUGAUUUUCACAGAUUCACAGAAGCUUCAGGGUUGAAAAGAACCUUGAAAGACCAUCUAGUCCAACCCCCCCUGCCAGAACAGGACCACCUAGAGUAGGUCACACAGGAACUCUUCCAGCUGUCAAACGUUUGAUGAAAGAGGCUGCAGAACUGAAGGAUCCUACAGAUCACUAUCAUGCACAGCCUUUGGAGGAUAAUCUUUUUGAAUGGCACUUUACUGUUAGAGGCCCUCCAGAUUCAGAUUUUGAUGGAGGGAUUUAUCAUGGUCGAAUAGUGCUACCACCUGAAUAUCCCAUGAAACCACCCAGCAUUAUUUUGCUGACAGCCAAUGGCAGGUUUGAAGUGGGGAAGAAAAUCUGUUUAAGCAUCUCAGGGCAUCAUCCUGAAACCUGGCAACCUUCAUGGAGUAUAAGAACAGCUUUAUUAGCCAUUAUUGGAUUUAUGCCCACCAAAGGUGAAGGAGCAAUAGGAUCUCUAGAUUACACACCUGAAGAAAGAAGAGCUCUUGCAAAGAAGUCACAAGACUUCUGUUGUGAAAUGUGUGGCACAUCUAUGAAGACAGCUCUGUUACCACUAACAUCCGGAAGCGUGUCGAGCCAGGCAGACAAGGAGGCUAAAGAACUCGCCAGACAAAUUAGCUUCAAGGCAGAAGUCAAUUCAUCUAGGAAGUCUGUUGCUGGACCCUCAAACACAUCAGGAUUGAAGCACUCUGCUGCUUCACGUGAGCCCCAGCAGGAUGGUGCAGCCAGAGCAUUCCAGGAUCCAACAAAUGCAACGUCAGAGCCACAGGCUGGCGGCACAGCGAGCGGUCAGGCCCCGGCCCCGAGCCCUCGGCAGCGCCGUCCCCAGCACCAGAGUCACAGGCACCCACCAUCUUCCACUGACUUCAACCGGGUACAGCAGCCCAGAGUCAACAUGAACCACACUGGAUCAACUGUUCUGAUCGUCCUCCUGACUUUUGCUUUGGCAGCUCUUAUAUUCCGUAGAAUAUACCUGGCUAACGAGUACGUGUUUGAGUUGUGAGGUUGUUUGUCGCUAAGGGCAGUGGCUCAAACGCUUCGUUCCGUAUUGGGUGUGACAUGAGAACUGUUUACAGAGAUGACUUUUUUGGUAUUUAUGCUUAAAUCCUGAAUGUUGAUGUACCUAUAGAUACAUUACUUGUAAGAAAAGCAAAGGUAGAUGUUUUAACUACAAGUGUUGUUGCCCGCUAGAUGUUGGGAGAAACAGUGCAGUGGAACAGUAACGGUAAGGCAUGUGGGAGUCAAAUGGAGCCGUUUAUCAACAAGAAAAAGACAAUUUGUAUAGAAGUGGUUGAUUCACUCUUUUAUGCAAUGUAAAUGCAAUUAAUCACACCACCUGAGUUAGUGUAAGAGUCGACACAGGGGAAGGAAUUAUGAACUGAAUGUUGGUGUCCAGUGAACUCUCCGUGUAGUGGGGACACAGUUUUGUAACCACUUUGAUUUACCGUGACACAUUUCUAGAGGGGGGACACAUACGAAUUGGUUGUGAUGCUGCUUUGUGUGUGUGAGAAACGGGGGGAAAGAAGUAAGGGAGGAAAGAAGGGGCCAGAAAACUGAUUGCUUGCUUUUGAUUUUCCUUUUUUUGGAAGAAAGAUUGGAUAAUCUUUUGCCAGGUUUGAUUGUCCUCUUCUAACACUCUCAAUUGUAUAUCUUGGGGGUUUUUUUUAAAUGGAAGAUGAUCUAAAACAUUGUCUAUUCUUGCAAUAGUUAUAAAUAUGUAAUAUAAUUAUUUACCCAGAGGCAUUGUCUUUUAAUUAUACCAGAAAUAUACAUGAUGUGUUGAACUGAAUGUUUCAUAUGUGGUUUUAUUUACUAAAGAAAAUUUAAACCUUAUUAUACUUAAACUCUUCGUAUAUAUGAACAUGCUUAAGAGAACUAUUUAUUAAAACCCUGGUAGUAAUAAACAGUUUCAAGCCA